AUGAGUCGUCAAACUUUAACAACCAAGUCAACAUCCAAAUCAUCCACUCUCUCUCUCCCGAGUCUCCCCCUCACAAUCUUCUCCCUUCCUCUCACAUCUUACAACAUUCCCCUAACAAAACACAUCCUCUCAAUCUUCUAUCAACAAAGCACCUUCAAGAAACGCGAAUCACGCACCAGUCUCUUACAAAAACUAGCUAGGAUCGAGGCCACCCGAACAGAUAAUGAAAGAGAGACUGUAUCUCAGCUUCUUCGUCAUGAUAUCACCAUUACUAGAGCUGCUAUAAAAGCGGGUCCGCAAGAUGAAGAUGAGGACGGCCAACUUUUAGAGAAAGGAAAGGAUACGGAAUGUGAAGUUUGUCUGGAGGCUUUGCCUGCUCGGAGUUUUCGACAUCAAAUGGUUGAAAGCAAAUGCGAGCAUGAGACACAUAUCUGUACACCUUGUCUGGAUCAAGCCGUUAUAGCGAAUAUAGCUAAUGAUAGAGCAGUUAUGACAACUACAUCAGCACUUUUCAAAUUCGCAACCUACCGAGCUUUCGCUGGUGUUUGA